UCGGCACAUUGUGCUUUUUUAAACAACGAAUAUCAGAUCUAUAAAUUGUGAAGGUCUACCCUGCUCAAAUUAUUGUUAUUGAAUGCGCGGAGAGGCUUGGAUAUAAAACUGGAUUAAGAAAAUGGCUAUAGCGGUGCGAUUACGGUGGUGUCUGCAAAUAUUUAUGCUGGAAGCUUGCGUCGUAUUAACGCAUGCUGCCAACUUGGACUACUUGCGGUCUACGUUGACGAACUACUUUUCUGACACGCGCCAUCACGCGGUAAAGCCAGAGUACAAGCAACGCACAGCCACGUUUAUCCACGACGAAUUCAUCAGAUUUGGACUGGAAACAACGUAUCACAACUUUGUCUUUGACGGGGUUGAAUAUGCAAAUAUCAUUGGAGUUUUGAAGGGGGACAACUUUGGUACUUACGAUGACCAGAUUAUCGGAGUCGGUGCACACUACGAUACAGUUAAUGUCACCAAGGGUGUUGACGACAACGGCUCCGGAAGUGCUGCCCUCCUGGAGGUGGCUCGACAGAUGACGUCACUGGAAUCCAAAAGGAAACAUACGGUCAUAUUUACAGCGUUCGACCGCGAGGAAUAUGAAUAUGCCACAUUCGAUGGACGAUUUUAUGGUGCACUAGGAAGUAAAUACCUGAUCUCACAGUGGCUGUUACCAUGGAUUCAAAAGAACUACCCACAAACCGUUGGAACAUUUAGUCCCUAUGGAAUCAUCGUCCUUGACACCCUUAUGGACUAUAACAACAGUGCGAGGUCGCAGAUCAUCCCGCCAGACAGCCUACAAGAAUUUCAGCAGCUGUUUCCUGGCGUUGUUAAGAACCUCCAGUCCGACAACCUGCAAGGAGAUUUUCUUGCAACCAUAUUUCGGACCCAAUCUGACAGCCGUCUCGCCAACGAAUUUCAUCAACAGUGGGGCAAAAUGGGGCGAGCAGACUACGAAAUAGAGAUGUUUGGCUUGGCUCCAAACUUACCGGAUGAUGUUUUGAAUAAAGUUGCCGAUUUGAACCGCAGUGACCACAUCAACUUUUGGGCAAAGAACAUUCCGGCCAUAUUUUUGUCUGAUUCCGCGAACCUCCGCGGAAAGAUGCAGGACUGCUACCACCACACCUGUGACAGUCUGGAAGUGAUGUUGAACGAUGAUAACUUGAACUUCCUCGCCAAGACCUCUGAUACCAUUGCCGCCACAGUGGACAAACUCUCGCAGAGUUACGCAGCAGUGUCUGGCGCCCCAGGGGUAGGAAAGACAGUCCUCACGUUGAUGACAGCAUCGUCUAUCUGUGUAUUUCUUAUACAGACAGCAUCAAGGUUGUAAAUAGUGGAACAAGCAACAGUGACGUUCGUUAAGUAUACACUUAUCUCACGUGUUUUUAAAUCAACGGACAUCUGUGCCUUAAAUAUUUUUGCGCAUUUGUAACUUAGAAUCAGUAACUGCAAUCAUUAACUAAUAAGCGACCAUUUCUACGCCCCACACUGUUUUUCAACAUUCUCAAUUUGAUACCUGUGUUAAUUCGUGUACCAACCUGUAUUAUGUAUUAUGUUUAAUAUAUACUCUGAACUUAU